CGCCGACGCCAGUCGCCGGCCGCCGGUCCGUCACGGUACCCACCGCGCGUCGCGAAGGUGCGAAGGUGUGAAGGUGCAACACAAAGCGGUACGUCGCGUCACCGACCAAACUACGGCCAUACCAAAGGCACAGUGCGUGCACCACAGCGUGCGUUGUGUUUUCCGAGACACUUUUUCGGAUCCCAUAGCGAAUUUAAUCUGGACGUCAUGGGAGAGCCGGGGUUCGCUCUCCAUGCAGCGGCGUCAGCGGGCGAUGUCGACGAGAUCGAGAGCCUCCUGCAGGCCGGCGCGGAUGUGAACGCGCUGGACGCCGACAAGCUGAGCCCCCUGGACCACGCGGCGGCCAGCGGGUGCGCUGCCACGGUGCAGCUCUUCCUCGACCUCCUCCCGCCGCCCUCGGUCGACAGGUGCUGGAGCGCCGCGGGCUGGGCCGCCCGACGACAGCACGGGGAGGUGUUCUCCACCCUGCUGAAAGUCCUCGAGAGCCGUGGUGCGCUACAGGACCACCUGCUAUACUCCUGUCCAGAUGAAGCGCGCAAGGCUGUGUGGUGGGUGGCGAAGCGAGGCAAUGUUACGAUCGCCGCCGCACUGCUGGACGACUGUCCGGUAGCCAUGCGUCUCGAGACGGACGGCUCCACAAUGCUCAUCGUUGCCGUGAUGUUCAGCCAAACCGACAUGGUUAACUUCCUGCUGGACCGCGGCGCAGAUCCGUUUACCGAGGACAGCCGCCACGAGAACGCGGUGACUGCUGCAGCAAGAGCAGGGUCCGUGGCAAUGAUCAACUUGCUCUGGGAGAGCACGGAGGGAGCCGGGCGGCUGGAGCGGUGGAACGCACGCGGGAGCAAGCACCCACCGCUGUGCAAGGCGGCGCAAGAGGGCCACCUGCAGGCCGUGCAGCGGCUCCUGGAGCUGGGCCUCGACAUGGAGACGAGCGACGCAGACGGGCACACGCCGCUGUACCUCGCCGCGGGGGGAGGCCCAAGGUGCAGCGGAGUGGUGAUGUGGCUGCUCAGCCAGGGCGCGAGCUGGUGGGAGGCCGUCCAAUGUGCCGUGCAACGGGAGGAUGGCGGGGUCUUCCGCACCCUCAUCGACAUACCCGGAGUUGAGUGGCGCAACCCGUACUUUGUGCGCGAAGUCGUGCAGAGGGGAAGUGCUGUUAUUGCAGCCGAACUGCUGGACCGCUGGCCGGAGGCCAUCAACCUCGAACUCUACGAGGUGAACGAGUCCAAAAGGGACGCAUCAAUGCUCCGACUGGCCGCGAGGCUGAAUCACGUUGCCCUAGUGCAGCUUCUGGUGGCUCGGGGGGCCAGACUGCGUGUACUGUGCGCACCAUUGACCGCGCUGCACGAUGCGGCACGGAUGGGCCACCUGGAGGUGGUGCAGGCCCUCCUGCCGGACCCCACCACACUCAAUGCGGAUAGGCGGCAAAAGCACCGGGCACUGCUGGAGUACAGAGGGUGGCGUGGGCACACGGCCCUGCACCGGGCAGUGACUAGAGAGACGACCGACGACCGGCAACUGCAGAUAGUGCAGCUCCUCCUCGAGCGGGAGCUGGACCUGCUGGAGGAGCACGACAGCACGAGGUGGAACCGCUUGACCGUGUUCAGGAAGACCGAAGGGGGCCGCACUCCCCUGCAGUGUUGUGCCGGGGAGCAAAUGGGGCCUGUACUUCUCCGGCACAUGACGAGCGAGCGGGUCAUGGCGCUGGGCGGCAUGGACUGGCAGGCGGUGCUCGACGCGGUGCAGGAUGCGCAGAAUCAGGCACCGAAUGACUGGCAGACCGACGAGAAUGCCAUGCAGGAGGAGGAGAGGGCAGAUGCAACGCUGUGGGAGGGUGGGGAUGCAGGGGAGGAGCUACACGCGUCCCUCGAGCGGCUGCACUUUUAAAACCUUCCGGUGAUUUUCGCCGUAAGCUACAGUGAACCCCUGCAGCACUGUAGCUUACGGUCACAUCCACCGUAGCUGCCGUUUGCUGCUUUGUAAUGUUUUUCCGUGUGACCACUGUGCGCCACUUCCAUCAGGGCUGCACACUGUUAAAAGCUUACGGUGAAUUUCACUGUAAGCUACGUCGGCUACGGCACCGUCACCUAUGAUUACAUUCACCCGCAUUCGCCGUAGGCUACGGUGAUCAUCACCGUAAGCUACAGUGCCAGAUUCAGAAAGAGCUGAUUUCAUCAUAUAUAAAGUUGUGUUGGUUAGUGUAUGCAUACACGGUAUGGUACAAAUUGUGCAUUUCGUCAUAUUCUCAGUAUGAUUUGUUCUUUGAAUUUUUGUAAGUUUCAUGUAUCUUUGUCAGAUUGAAAAGUGCCAAUUUCUGCACUAAACGUUUUCGGUACCGUUAUUAUAAUACUAGGAAAACAAUUAAUACAAAAUUUUUUACAAGUUACAACAGCCCUAAGUUUUGGAGUGUAUGUCUCAACUAAAACCGUAUCAAUGUGGUGCACUUCAUCGAAAAUGCUUUUUUCUAGAAUAAAAGUAUACUUCCACUGC